CCGUACGGCAGCGAGCGAGGAAGCAGCAGCAGCAGCAGCGAGAGGGGGGAAGGCCGGGAAGCCCGAGCCUAUCAUUAGCUAGCUAGCUGGUAGCUACGAAGAGAGGAAGAUCGUCGAGGCAUGGAUCAGCUGCUCGCCAUGGCUCGGCCGGCGAGCCCCACGGCGGCCGCGCCGCACGUCGCGCACAAGAUCCCGUCCGGCGACGGGCCGUACGCGAGGGCCAAGCACUUCCAGCUGGUGGAGAAGGACCUGGACGCGUCGAUCGCGUGGUUCUGGAAGGCGAUCAACACGGGCGACAAGGUGGACAGCGCCCUCAAGGACAUGGCCGUGGUGAUGAAGCAGCGCGGGUACCUGGCCGAGGCCAUCGACGCCGUCAAGUCGCUGCGCCACCUCUGCCCCCGGCAGUCGCAGGAGUCGCUCGACAACAUCCUCCUCGACCUCUACAAGGCCAGCGGCCGGACCAAGGAGGAGAUCGAGCUGCUCAAGCACAAGCUCCGCAAGAUCUACCUCGGCGAGGCGUUCCACGGCAAGGCCACCAAGCGCGCCCGCUCGCACGGCCGCAAGAUCCACGUCUCCGUCAGGCAAGAAACCUCGCGCGUCCUGGGCAACCUCGCGUGGGCGUACAUGCAGCAGCGGAACUUCAUGGCGGCGGAGGUGGUGUACCGGAAGGCGCAGAUGAUCGACCCGGACGCCAACAAGGCGUGCAACCUCGCGCUCUGCCUCAUCGAGCAGUCGCGGCUCGCCGACGCCGAGGUGGUCCUCGGCGACGUGCUCGCGGGGAGGUACCAGGCCCGCGACCAGCAGGACGGCAAGAUCGUGCGGAAGGUGGAGGAGCUGCUGGCCCGGAUCAUGGCGCGGACGUCGCCACCGGGCGGCGGCCGUGCUGGCGACGACGGACGGCGCGGGGACGACGAUGACUGGGUGGAGAACGAGAUGUUGGCGCUGCUGGACGUGGCGGUGAAGCAGUGGGCGGCGCCGUACCGGAAGAGCAACAGGAGGCUGCCCGUCUUCGAGGAGAUCUCGCCUAUCUGCAGGGAGCAGAUGGCUUGCUAGAAGCUAAAUGCAGCAGCAUCUUUUAGGGUGGACUUUAAGUGUGUGCUAUGCGCUUGCAUCUGUGUAGAUGUUUUGUAUGCAUGUAUUAUGUGCAUGUUUUGUUGUCCAUC